UUGUGAUAAGAACUCUAUAAAAGUUUGUUUAUGGAGAUAUUGUUUCCAUUCUGCUUUCUGGGGUUUUCUCAGUUUUAGUUGUUGUAUUGUGGUCUCUGGGUUUGUUUUGGUUUUCAUGUUUAGUGUAUAUUUGUUGUUAUUUCUUUUGUGAAAGCAUUAAGGGUGUGAUUGUUUCUGUUAGAGUGAGUUGGGGAAGAGUUUCCAGAAUUUAGUUUAGUUUGAGCUCUUAUCAGUGUCUAGAGCUUGAAAGCGGCUGCUUUUAAGAAGUUCAGUUGGUGAAUUUUGAAAAAUUGUAGAACCUUUUGAUGUCAUCGCUAGUACAUACCAUGGCAUCAGUUGUUACAUUCAGAAUGUCACCUAAUUAUAGAAUAAAUUCAGUGUAUAAGCCUAAUUUUAGAGUGAAAGCUCGGAGUUUAGGUGAUGGUGAUUCAUCAGUUCUGUCAUCUGAAUCGGUUGCGGCGAAUGGUGCUUCUGUAAUUAGGGAUAAAGUGAAAUAUGGAGCCUUGGUUCAUUCAGGAGAUGGGAGGACAAAGACUAGAGCUGUGAAAGAUACUGUUUCAGAAGAUUUAGCGCUGCUUUGGGAGGAUGGAUAUGGCACUAAGAGUGUCACGGAUUAUCUUGAUGAAGCUAAAGAGAUAAUUAAGCCUGAUGGAGGUCCACCCCGGUGGUUCUGUCCUGUUGACUGCGGGCCUCCAUUGGAGGAUUCUCCAACUCUUCUGUUUCUUCCCGGAAUCGAUGGGCUUGGGUUAGGCCUUGUUUUGCACCACAGACCUCUUGGGAAAGCCUUCGAAGUUCAGUGCCUCCACAUUCCUGUUUCCGAUCAAACACCAUUUGAAGGAUUGCUUCAAUUUGUUGAAAAAACUGUGAGGCUUGAGCAUGCAUCAUCUCCCAAUAAACCAAUUUAUUUGGUGGGGGAUUCCCUUGGAGGAUGCUUAGCACUAGCAGUUGCUGCUCGUAAUCCAAACAUUGACUUGGUCCUCAUACUUGUCAACCCAGCUACUUCAUUUGGCAGAUCACAGCUUCAGCUCUUGUUCCCUAUCUUAGAGGCUUUGCCUGAUGAGUUAUAUGUUACAGUCCCAUAUCUUCUUAGCUUUACCAUGGACAUUUCUCCAAUUUCUACAUCAGGAGAACCAACUAAGAUGGCAAUGGUUAAUAUUGACAAAAGGCUCCCUCCUAUACUGAGAUCUCAACAAUUGUCUGCCAACCUCACUGCUUUACUGCCACAUCUUUCUGGUAUGGCUAAUAUUAUACCAAAGGAUACUCUUCUUUGGAAGUUGAAGUUGCUUAAAUCAGCUUCUGCAUAUGCUAAUUCACGUCUCCAUGCUGUUAAAGCUGAAGUAUUAGUGCUUGCCAGUGGCAAGGAUAAUAUAUUUCCUAGUGGAGAUGAAGCAAAACGCCUCAAGAGUUCUUUGCAGAAUUGCACAAUUCGUUUAUUCAAGGACAAUGGGCACACCCUUCUAUUGGAAAAUAACUUAAGUUUACUAACUAUUAUAAAAGGUACCUACAAAUACCGUCGUUCCAGGAAGAUAGAUCCUAUCUUGGAUUUUCUGCCUCCUAGUAGGACGGAAUUCAAUUAUCUAUUUGAUCAAGUAGUUGGGUUAUUAAAUGCUGCUGCUAGUGCAGUGAUGUUCUCAACAUUGGAAGAUGGAAAGAUAGUGAAAGGCCUUGCUGGGAUUCCAAAUGAAGGUCCUGUUUUAUUAAUUGGUUACCACAUGCUGUUGGGUCUUGAACUUUAUCCACUGAUUGAACAAUUCUUCAGAGAGAAAAAUAUUAGGUUUUAUGGCAUGGCUCAUCCAGAGAUUUUUUUGGGAAGGCUUGAGGAUCCAUCUUAUGAAUUUUCUCUGAUUGAUUGGUUAAAAGUUAUGAUAGCUGUACCUGUCACUGGUAGAAAUCUGUUUAAUUUGUUAUCAAAAAAAUCACACAUUCUUCUUUAUCCUGGUGGUAUACGUGAGGCUCUCCACUACAAGGGUGAACAAUAUAAACUAUUUUGGCCUAAUCACCAAGAAUUUGUGAGAAUGGCAGCACGAUUUGGAGCCACAAUUGUACCUUUUGGGGUCAUAGGAGAAGAUGACAUAGUGGAAUUGGUUCUCGAUUAUAAUGACUUGAUGAAAAUCCCUGUGCUUAGUGACAAUAUCAGGGACUUAAAUAACCAGUCUGUGAAAGUAAGGGAUGAAAUUAGUGGAGAGGUUGCCAACCAAGCGAUUUUUGUUCCGGGCCUAUUGCCGAAGAUUCCUGGCCGCUUUUAUUUUCUGUUUGGUAGACCCAUUCACACAAAGGGAAGAGAAGUGUUAUUAAGGGACAAAGAAAGCGCAAACAAAUUGUACUUGCACAUAAAAUCUGAAGUUGAACGUAAUCUUUCCUACUUGUUGAAGAAGCGAGAAGAGGAUCCUUAUAGAAGUAUUAUUGAUAGAACUGCAUAUAAUUUGAUGUAUGGUCGUGAUGUUCCAACAUUUAAGCUCUAAAGAGAUCAUUUGCAAGAUAUAUUUUUCAAGGUCCUAAUGUUACAAAAGUCAUUCAUUUUUGGAAUAUUAGACAUGUAUAAUAUCAUGUAUAUGCAAGAAAGCCUUGGUGCUGCAGGUUAUGUUCAUCCUACUGUUGUAUUAAAGGUCUAAAAUGUACCACCUUGUAAAGAUACUCUUUUUUUAUUUUAUCAAUUAUACAUUUCCAUGGAGGCAAUACAUAACAAUUUGAUAUCA